AUGCACGAACACUAUGUGCUGGUCCAAGGAAUGCCUCGACUAAGCGCUGCAUGGUAUCUAAACGUAUCAUUAUGUCUUUACUCAUCGUUAGAAGGAAGGAGGGACCGACGAUCACACCCCGCCAGAGAUUUGAGGGACACCCAUUCGGUCGAGGAAGCUAUACAUCUGCCAGGCGGAGAACAGAUAAUGACUUGUUCAUGGGACGGCUCGCUGCAGAGAGGUACAUGGGCCUUGUCACCCAGCGGGUUCGAAAACUUCCAAAGUCCAACAUUUGUAUAUGUUUGUUCACGUGAUGGGUGCGCUCACUUCGUGAGUGUGUUGAUCUUCUUUCGGGCUCGAGCCAUGCUGAUCGAAGUCGUUGACCACCGUUUGCAGAGAUUUCUGCAAAGAAUUGAGACGUUCAUUCGUCCUUUCGCUAGACUUUCUACUGAUACUUUGUCCUCCUGUUCCUCAGCUUUGGUUCCCUCGGUCUUCUUCGACUCGGAUGUGUCGGACGACAACAAGAGUGGCGGGCUUAUAGAUGCGGAUGAAGAGGAGGAGGAUGUGGAGGCUUGUAGCGAGAGUGGCAGUUCUGCCUUGCCCAUUGCUCAACCUACUAUGCCUGAUGGAGAAUUCUCCCACCUUGAUGUUUGGACACCUGCUGAGGCGAACAAAUGGGUCUGCAACCUUUGUCAGGACAAUAAGCCCCAUGAUCGGCGAGCAGUGCAGAAGCAUGAGAGGACCUGGUCACAUCAAGAUGCAGUCAAAUAUCAUUCGAGAAGGCAGCAGCGUCACGGGAAUGGUUCUAUGGUACCUGAAGCUCAAUCUAACUCCAUCGUCGAGCUACGUUGUCUUCUCGAUGACAUGGCUAGCACUCCCAAUUUUGAGCUGGGUGACUCAGCAGACAACAUUGGCGACUACUCAGUCACGAAGGCAACGAUCGUGCAAGGUUUAAGAGACUUUUUAGAUGAAGAUGACCUCUCAGAUGAUCAGGGAGCCGAAAUAUCAGAAGAUGAAGAAGUUUUUACGGGGCAGACAUGGCACGAUGAUGACAACCAGGCUGGUGAUGCCGCUAUUGGAACUGGCAGUGAUAGAAAGCGUUCUCGAAAUCAAAUCGUGAAUGAGGAAUGGUUUCCGUGGCCCGAUAAGAUUGUAAGGUCGUCUAUCAACCUGCCAACUGUUGUUGAUCCAGUGGUGUUCUAUCAGACGUGCACACUUGAUAUUCUCAUGCACCUUCCACGCUCUGUUUUUUCAGAACGACAGAUUGAUAUUUUACUCUGGCUACUUCGGGUCAACAAUGUAGUUGAUGUACCUUCGGUGAAGUCUGUCAAACUCAUCAAAGACACUAUUCAACGAUUAUGCGGUAUCCGUUCAAUCCCUUAUGAAGGUGCUCUUGGCCAUAGGUACUAUGUUAACUCGCUGCCUGACAUUAUUCGGCAGUUGUGUUUGAAGGAAAUGAUGAAUCCUCGUGUUCGGCCACUGUUACACUUCUACCCUGAAGAUACCGGUGUGGAACUGAAUGAAGCUCGACAAGCUAAAUGUUGGCUUGAGGAACUUGACCCGGAGCUGCUUACGCCUGUCGUCAGACUGCACAACCAAGAUUUCUUUGUUUUCGAGCCUGCAUUACUAUCGAGCGGCCAAGCCUGCAUUCCAUUUCGGUGGUUCAUACGUGGCGGGAAGAUGUACACUAAAGCUUGGUCAUUGCGGCCUGUCACUCGUGAACUGGAUUGCGGUUGGGUUGUAGAAGAUUUUCAUUCAUUUGAAGUAUCAGAAGAUGAUCUUCUUGUAUCAUUCCGAAACUGGGAUUCGAGCGAAGCCACAUCCGGUCUACCUCGUGCAUACUCGAUAUAUGGUGUAGAACGUGAACUUAAUGGCAAAUUGCAGCCAUGGACAUUAACCAAUCCUUCUGAAGGCAAUCAAUGGCGUGUUCGGGCAUCAGGUGCUCGCGUAUAUGCAAUGCCUCUCUGGUUAUACUGCGACGACACAUCUGGAAACUUAUCGAAGAAGUGGAACAAACAUAAUUCAUUUCUUUUUACAGCUGCAGGAUUGCCACGAGCAGAAGUCCACCGAGAGUACAACGUCCAUUUUCUUUGUACAUUGAAUCUUGCCCCUCCACUUGAAAUGUUGGAUGGUAUUGUAGACCAACUUGAGCAAGUGGAAAUAACGAUGCUGGUAAAAUUUAGGGAAUCAUGGAAGCAAGGCAUCUGGGCCUGGGACUGUGUCCACGAGGAGUAUGUUCUUGUCAUCCCGUCCAUCUUGGCCUUGCUCGGGGACAACCCCAUGCAAAGUGAGAUGGCCUGUCAUAUCGGGUCAAUGGGAAAAUAUUUUUGCCGUAUCUGUAAAGUGAAGGGGCACGAUGCAAGUGUGGAGAGCAAUCCUGCACGAGCAGCUGCUGCACGACCUGAAGAUACCGACCAUAGUGUUGGUGAGGUUAGUGGAAGUGAAUCCGAAGCCUAUACUACCGAUGCUCCUCCAAAAUCUACACGGAAACGAGUAAAGGAGACCAUGGAGGAGAUGGCGACACGGGUUAAGCAGUUUGUAAAGAUAGGAGAACCACGUCACAAGGAUGAAACUAUCGCUGAACUCAAGUCAAUGUUCAUUCAUGCGUCAACAGUCGGGAAUCAGACCCAGAUCAAACAAAGGAAGACUUCUACGGGCAUCAAGGACACCUUUCUGGACUCAUUCUUGAAUCGCCUAGCUGAAUCAUACUGCAAAAUCCGGGGUGGCAAUAAGGCAAAACAGGAAGUGCUUGAUAGAGUUAAAGAGACACUGCCCGAAAAUGUCAUAAGUCCUGUGUGGCGAAUCAAAGGUAUCGAUCCUCACACCGACACACCUGUGGAAAUCCUCCACACAGUCCUUCUUGGAUUUGUCAAAUACCUUUGGCGCGACGUUGUCUCUGUGAGAAUCGGAAAAGACAAAUUGAAGCGGGAACUUUUAGAAACUCGCCUAUCAUCUGUUGACGUCUCAGGUCUUGGACUCAGCCAUCUCGCUGGUCACACCCUCGUUCAAUAUGCAGGGUCUCUUGUUGGUCGUGAUUUUCGUGCUAUCGCACAAGUUGCACCAUUCGUGCUUCAUGACUUGGUACCCACAGAAUGCUAUGAUACUUGGGUUGCGUUAUCAAACCUAAUACCACUCAUCUGGCAGCCUGAAAUCGAAAACUCCAUGGAACAUUUACGCAAUCUUACAACAUCGAUCAAUAACUUUCUUGCGUGCACCGCCAGGUGGACUCCCCGAUGGUUCAAUAAGCCUAAAUUUCAUGUUCUAUUACAUGUCGUUGACCACAUUCGACGAUUUGGGCCAGCUGCUUUGUUUGCGACAGAGGCAUUUGAGUCCUUCAAUGCUGUCAUUCGUGCGAAAAGUAUUCAUUCAAACCACCGCGCUCCUUCUCGGGAUAUCGCACGUUCUUUCGCCCAUGGAAGUCGGAUUCGUCAUAUUCUCUCGGGGGCACGAAUACUCAUGCAUGAUAAUAAUACAAAUGACAUUCACUCUGAUUCUCCCGAACUUAUCCAAGCCUCUAAUCCCUCAUCAGACAAGCCGCCAGAUGCCAUAAACGUCAAAGUUGUUGGAAAGGGUCCAUUGUCACUUGUUCAACGGCCAAAUAUUAUUACUGACUACCUUGGACUCGACACGCAUGCUGACACUAAAAAAUACGGUAAAGUUCAAUUUUACACGAGUUCCAACUUUGAGAAAUACAAUACUAAGGGUCAUACUUGCAAGUCCAUGGUGCUUUUCAAUGGGGAUGUUUGUAAGAUAGGAGAUUGGGUUCUCGUAGCGGAUGGCACAGCAGAGCAGUCUCCAAUUGUAGCGUGUAUUCGAGAAAUUAUUCAGCGCCAAGGCUCGGAUGCAGAUAACCUUCUGCGUCCAGAUGCAAUUCUUCUGGAACGCGGAAGUGUUGGUGAACCGGCAGCAUCCUACUCUAUGCCCACAGUCAGGGCACAUGGUGGUUUUUUGCUCUAUCCUGUCGAGCAUCAAUGCCGAGUACACAAAUGCACGAGCUUGGCUUCCGAUGUUGAAUUUGUUUACGAAGAACGGGCGAAGACAUCAAAAGCUAAGGCUGUGAUACAUCACAUUGGGGACCCUGAUGACCUUGUUCUCAACACCGCACGGAUGCGAGACGCAAAGCACAUGCAGGGCCUUCGGGUACCUAUUCAGCCGCAAGAUAUGAACCUCGCAAUCCUCGAGGGUGCUGCGAGGGAGAUUCGGACACGCAAUGACACCACUGGUGGAGCUUCCACGACAUCUAUUAUAGCGGCAGCACAUGGACCACGUGCUCAAGGCCGACAAGUUAAUAGAUCACUACAGCAACACCGGCCAUCCUUGCUGCAGCGCCGACUACCACCAAACACUCUUAUUACGACAACAAAACUGAAAUUAUACCUUGAGGCCAUCCUUGCUGCAGUGCCGACUACCACCAAACAUCCUUAUUAUGACAACAAAACCGAAAUUAUACCUUGAGGCCAUCCUUGCUGCAGCGCCGACUACCACCAAACAUGAUCCUUAUUACAACAAUUAAACCGAAAAUAUGCCUUGAGGCCAUCAUUAAUACCAGCAUGGAACCCACUAAUGUAAGCUGAGUUUUUAUAUAAAUGUGUCGAUGAGCAUCUGAUUUUAUUAGUAGAGCACUUUCCAGCGACUCGCCUUCGAGUCAGU